AUGAGUAAAAAAGAAAUCGAUUUCGAUGAAUCUGAUAAUGAAAUAUUUAUUAUAGAACAAGUAAAACCAAUUAACAAAUUAACGAUACAAGAAGCUCUAUUGAUUAAACAUCGUGUACUACAUGAAAACAGGUCUAAAAGUAAAAAGAAAAAAGAUAGAAACAAAGAUGAAAAGAAAUCUGACAGAGAAAGAAAAAAAAUUAAGGAAAGUACCAAAGAUAAGAAUACUAAAGUCACUAAAGAUACUACUACUUCAGUAAAAAAAUAUUUUUCUUCUACUAAUAUUAUUUCUCAAGAAUCUGAAUAUAUAAAAAAAAGUUUCGAUGAUAAAACAGAUGUUGAAAUCUUAAACACAUUUAAAGAGGAUUCUUAUGUAGAAAUAAAUGAAUUAAUUGUUAAGAAAGAAAAUCAAAAAGACUUAAAUUCUAAAUGCAUUCUUCAUAUGCCAUCCAGUGCCAAUAAAAAAAGAAAAUUAGAUUUUUUCGAACCGAAUUCUACCAGUAGUCCUAAAAUUCAUUGUAAAAACAGCAAUAACUCAGCCUCUGCAAGUGAAAUUUUUCAGAAAUCAAAAAAUUUAAAUUUCAAUGAAAACAAAGAUGUUGAAAACAAAACUUUCAUUUCUCAAAAUGUUAGUCAGAGUCAAUCAGAGGAAAGUAAUAUGGAUUGCACUUCAAACUCGAAUGAAAAUGAAGAAAAUUUUACUACAAAUGGAGAACUGUUGGUUCUUUCGCUAAAAAAAAUAAUUACAGAAGUAGUGAAUAGGCAAGAAAAUUUUUUAAAAAUAUAUUCUAAUGAAAACAAAUCAUUGGAAAAUUUAAUUACUAAGCAUGAUACUAAUAUUUUAGAAGAGUUUAAUAAAUUACAAGGAGAUUUAUCUAUAUUUUUUGUGAGGUUUUUAUGUAGGUCUAAACAGUGGUACAGAUUAUCAAGUAUUACUUUUAAAGAUAUAUCAAAAAAUAUAUAUGAACUGGCUGAAGUUUUAAUUAAGAAAAAAUUACUAGACAAUGAUAUAUCAAAAGAAGAUCUCAAGUUUCAAAUGACAUUAUUAAGUAAAGCAGAAAUUCAGUAUCAAGGUCGAUAUUUACGUCUGAAGCCCUUUUUACGAAGAUUUAGUGCAGGUUACAUUUAUGCAAAAUUAUUAACAAGAUAUUGUUGCGAUUUUAAAAAUAAAAAAACAACUCAAGAAAUAAUAAAUGUGGCUCAAUUGUUGCUAGAUCAAAAUUUGUUCAUGCGUUCAAAAAAGGGAAAACUGUAUGAAGUAUUAUGUCAAGCUUUAGAAAAAUCCAAAGACAAUUAUCAGUCAGGAGAAAUAAUAAUAAAAGCUUUAAAUGAUCCUGUUGUUAGCGAAAUUCAAAAAUUAUCCCUUAAAUUAAGAGGUCAAAAUCUUUUAAAAAAAAAAACAAAUUCUAUAGAUGAUAAAAAUUUAAAACAAAAAUUAGAUGUUGUUUGUUCCUUGGCAAUUCAAGAAUCUCCAAGUAUUGAAAUAACAGGAAGGGCAUUACAAGGAAACAAAUCAGGUUCUAAAGCUGUAUAUAUUGAAGAAACAAAGCAUUGUAAAAUUUUCACAUCGGUUGAAGAACGAGCAUUAUUACAUUACAAAUCACAAGGCUAUUCAAAAGGUCAUCAUGUAGAAGGUUAUAUUCUUCAAACAAUUUAUGUGCUUUUAUUUUUCGAUAUUAUAUAUGAUAUGUCACCUGAAGGAGUGUUUUUAAAUUCAUAUCAAGAAGCUCCAUUAGAUUUUUACACACAUUGUUUUUAUGAAAACAGAAAAGAUGCCAUUGAUUUACGUUUGAAAGAAAUGUCUUCUUGGACAAUAGAAACCGUUUUAAAUAAAAUUACAUUGGUGUUCAUAUACAAUUAUAAAACAAAAUGUUUACUAUCGUGGAAUGAUAAUUUCACACCUGAUGUAUUAACAGAAAUAAUUACAUGCUUGACCUUACCGAAAUUAUCGAAAAUUUGCGAAAGAUUUACAAAAAAUUUUAAACUUGCCAGAGUAGGUUUUCCAGAUUUGACAUUGUGGAAUCCCGAGACUCAAAAAUAUAAAUUUGUUGAAGUUAAAAGUCCAAAUGACCGUUUAUCUUCUGCUCAAAAAAUAUGGUUGGAUUAUUUAAUAAAAAAUGAUAUUGAUUGCGAAGUGUGUAAUGUCAAAAGUAAGUAA